AGGAUGUUACUCUUAAUACUGAAAAUCAAGGAAGUUUAUGGAGGACUGGUAAUAUGGCUAGUGUGAAGGUGUUUUUAAGUCCGUUUCUAAGGACUAGACAGGUUCUGAAUAUCUGUAGUAGACCGUCAACAACUGUGUGCAAUUGCAAACCAACCCCUUUAAUAAGACGGAAUGAAGUGCUGUGUUUAAAGCUGUACAGGCCAUACAGCUCUGUGGAAGCUGCUGAAGAGAGCAGUGAAGAUUCCUUAUUCAAGUGGUUCCUUUUGUUAAUCCCUGUUACUGCUUUCGGCCUUGGAACCUGGCAGGUCCAACGUAGGAAGUGGAAGUUGAAACUGAUAGAAGAGCUUCAAGCCAGAUCUACAGCUGAACCUGUCUCACUGCCCACAGAUCCUUUCACGCUGAAGGAUUUGGAGUAUAGACGAGUCAAGGUCAGAGGUUAUUUUGAUCACUCUAAGGAGUUGUAUAUAUUGCCAAGGACAAUGGUAGAUGCAGACCGUGAAGCCAGAGAUGCUGGCAGACUGUCCUCUUCCGGUGAAAGUGGAGCUAAUGUCAUCACUCCUUUCUACUGCACUGACCUUGGAAUCAGAAUUCUUGUGAACAGAGGUUUUGUUCCAAAGAAUAAAGUACGCCCAGAAACUCGACAGAAAGGCCAGAUUACAGAUGAAAUUGAACUUGUUGGAUUGGUAAGACUGACAGAAAACCGUAGGCCUUUUAUGCCACACAACAAUGAAGAGAAGAACAACUGGUAUUACAGAGAUGUGGACGCCAUGUCACGGGUGGUAGAGACUGAGCCCAUAUUCAUCGAUUCUGAUAUGAGUAGUACCAUACCAGGGGGGCCUAUUGGAGGACAGACCAGAGUGACAUUAAGAAAUGAACACAUGCAGUACAUUAUUACAUGGUAA